CUGCGUUCCAAACGGGAUAAAUCUCCCUCCGAAUGGCACUUUGAAGAGAGAACAGUAAUGACAGUCAGGCUGUAAGAUCGAUUCACAGAAUUUCCAAUAAAAAUUACUUAAUGAGAUCCGAAUGAUCUUUAUUUUUAAAGCCCCACACCUUUUAUCUCUCCAAGCUCUCAGAGUGGAUUGAUUACUUCUGAAUGGAACGCCGCUUUGAUGUUUACCUUUAAUGUUACUGGAGACUAUCAGUAUUUUUAGUUAUAUUAGUAUAGUUUAGUAAGCCCAAUGCUUUUAUUUAUUUUUUUAUUAUUGUUUAGCCAUGACCUAACAAUUAUUUAUACGGCGAACCGUGGGCGUUCAGUUACUUUUAUUUUGAAAGGGUCAUAAACAAACAAAAAAAGGCAGUAAUUUGUGCAUAGCUCAACUUGUCUACUAGGGAGUUUGCAUACCGGACGAUAAAUUACAGAAGCUUGUUUGGGCUUCUAAGGAACAGUUGCCAUCGUCGAUUUGUAAUGCAGCCAAGAUGUUCUGACUGCAUCUAUUCAAACGAGAUUGCAGUAGUUGGACAUCCUGCUUUUGAGCAAGGCUAAUGUCUUGUGAAUUUGUCUGAAACAGCAUUUUGAACCUUCUGUCACACACAACUUCAGUUAGUUUAACUGUGCAUCUCCUAACUUGGGUCACUAUGUCUAUGUAUAAGCUUUUUCAAAGUCAAACGACUCUGAUCAUCUCAUUACUGGCGGACACGACGAACCAGGAGAUACAAAAAGCUUUUUUAAGUAACUUGUUUGAAUCCUCUACUAACCUUCUCAGCAUGAACCCAAACGACACUCAAACUCAGCUGCUGAAUUCCAUAAUGGAGAAAUUUGCCAAAGAAGCAGUGCGGAAGAUUUGCAGCCUCUACAGAUAUUGCACGGCCAUUCCACCAGGUCAAGCACAAAUGUGUUUGAUUAAUCCAGAUGAUCUGAUGACAUCUUCAUGUCAGAUGGGACAUGAUUUGGAUGGAAAAACAUAUUUCUAUAACCAAGAGUUUCAAGAAGAUGGUGUAUCUGUCUCUGUGAGUCCUUUGAAGGAGCCAGCAAUGGCUAUAUUACCAGCUGCAACAUCUCACCUGCAACACUCAAGCACAGAGCCUGCACAGAAGAGCAAUGCAAGGCUUUUGGUGGAGUACAGAGCAGAAGAACCCAUCCAGACAGUAUUCAUCAGUGAUGCUUUUGAUGACAGGAGCUGGUCUGAAGAUCAAGAAUUACCAUUGCAGACAUCAUCAGGGCAGCCUGAAAUUGCUCAAGAGAAAGAGUCUUUUGAAUGUGAGCAAUGUGGAAAGACCUUUCCAAAGAUGCUGUCGCUUCUGCAGCACAAACGCGUGCAUUCAAUCAUCAGGCCACACAGUUGUGAAAAGUGCGGGAAGAAGUUCACGAUGUUAAGAGCACUAGAAAAUCAUCUCCGCAAACAUACGCAGCACGUCGAGAAGAAGAAAUUUCCCUGCAGUAAAUGCGGAAAGAGCUUUCGAGAUCUUGCAACGCACAAACUGGUUCAUGCGGAAGUCAAGCCAUUCACUUGUGACAUAUGUGGCCAAGGAUUUACAGUCAAAAGAAGUUUAUACAUGCACCAAAGGGUCCACACGGGCGAAAAGCCAUAUAAAUGUGAUACUUGUGGAAAAUGUUUCUCUCUCAUAGGCACCCUGAACUACCACAAGAGAAUUCAUUCAAACGAUCGGCCAAUAAAAUGCAGCCACUGCAAUAAAAGCUUCAAGUACCACAAACUUUUAAAACAUCACCUCCGUGUGCACACAGGAGAGAAGCCACACAAGUGUGAAAUCUGUGGCAAAAGUUUUGCGCUUUCCGGGACUCUCAAACGGCACAUUCUCACUCACACCGGUGAUAAGCCAUAUGUCUGUGAAGUGUGUGGAAGAAGAUUCAACCAGAGAAGCAUUCUCAAUGGCCAUAUGCAAGUGCAUGGAGAGAAGCGAUUUAUGUGUGAAGUCUGUGGGAAAACAUUCCAAUAUAAUUAUAUCCUGAGAAAUCACAUUCUAACACACAAUCAGAUUGGAAAUUCAGGACAUAAGAGCAAUGCUCGGCGCUGUGAUGUGUGUGGGAAGUUACUAAGCUCUGCAUAUGCAUUGAAAACUCAUAUGCAGCUGCAUUCAGAUAACAGCAAACCCUUUCCUUGCAAGUUAUGCGAGAAGAGGUACAGCAGUGUGCAUUCCCUUCGGAUGCAUGAGCAGUUUCAUAAAGGAGAGAAACCUUUCAAGUGUGAGCUCUGUGGUAAGGCCUUUUCACUGAGGGCUUCUUAUAAAACCCAUAUAUUUUGCCAUUCGGGAGAAAGACCUCACAACUGCGUACUAUGCGGGAAAGGAUUCAAGUUGUCAAGCUCUCUGAAAAUGCAUUUUCGCACUCAUACCGGUGAAAAACCUCACAAGUGUGAAACAUGCGGGAAGGCCUUUCAUCUAUCUGCGAAUCUGAAAAGACACAAGCUUGUGCACACUGGGGAAAAGCCAUUUACCUGUGGCUUUUGUUUCAAGAGUUUCACACAACCAAACAAUUUGAAGGCGCACAUGCAUAUUCAUACUGGCAAAAAGCCUUACACAUGCUCCAAGUGUUGGAAAAGUUUUGCCUAUCAAAGAAAUUACAAAAGCCACAAAUGUGCACCUGCUUUAGAGAAUUUUCAGCCCACUGAACUUCAUUAAAACAUUAAGGUUGUAAUAUCACCCUAACUUGUAUAUCGUUUUUUAAAUGUCUGGCGAUUUGGGGACAAUCUUGCAUCCAUUUUCUUUUCUUAUGAUUGUGAAAUCUGCAAGAGACUGCAAGUGUGUCUCUGGGACCUACAAAUACAGAGUAUAUUUAUACCCAAGAGGGGGGAAAGAUGAUAAUAAUACACAUAUAUAUAUAUAUAUAUAUAUAUAUAUAUAUAUAUAUAGCAGGCUGAAAAAGUUCAUGAAGGAUUGCAAAACUUUUUUUUAAUUGUUUUUGUGUAGAAGUCACUAAAGUUCUGGACUGUAUAUUUAUUUAUGUGUUUAAAAUAAAUUGGAAGUUUUCCUUGUUAUUUUCUAGGAUUGGUCUGUUUUACUUUUUCCACAAAGCCUUUCAUGUUCUGGAAUGUUACAUGAAGUUGUCUUAUUUGUGUUUGGGUCAAGUUUUGCCCACAUUGUGGGGACCAGCCAAAGGUCCCCAUGAGAAAAAAUGGAUACCAUAUAACAUAUAUGGAAAUCAUGGAAAUGAAGAAUUGCAAAGGUUUAUAUGGUAGGUGUGUAGUUAGGGGAUAUAACAUUGCAUAUUAUUUAACUUAAAGGAAUAGUUCACCCAAAAUAAAAAUUCUGUCAGCAUUUAUUCAUCCUUGUGUCGUUCCAAACCUGUAUGGCUCACUUUCUUCCAUGGAACACAAAAGGAGAUGUUAGGCAAAAUUGAAGCUUCGGUCACUAUUAACUUUAAUUGUAUGAAAGAAAGAUGCAAUUAAAGAGAAAAGUGUCUGUCAGUUCCUAACAUUAUACCUCUUUUUGUGUUCCAAAAAAGAAAGGAAUACGGGUUUGUAUAACAACCAGAAUCCCUCCACCAAAGGGGGGCCUUCAAGGUUAGGAAAACAAAGCAUAAAGCAGCGGUACACUGGAGAUGAGACCAGAUUCCAUAGAUGCUUUAGUGUGAGAAAGUAGCUUAUCACUUAAUGAACUGACCGCUUGUCUGCUAAUCUUCAAGUUUUACAUUAAAUAGUCCUUUUUUAUUUAACUAUGUGUGAAAUUUACUACAAUAGAAUAGCAGUUUUAUAAUAGAGCCAUGUACAAUUUGCAAUAGGUUGAUAUUUUAUGGCUCUCCUCAUUCAUUUGUAUGGUAUCUGCAAAUCUUGACUUGCUAACAUACUAGUUGACUGUUACACUCUCUCCUAUGGUAGAGCCAUGGAGGAAACAAGGUGGGGAUGCUUAAAUUAUGCUAAUUUAUUUGUGAAUGAACUAUCCUUUUGAAUAAAUAUGAAAAUUCUCUCAUAAUUGACUCACCCUCAUGCUAUUACAGAUGUGUAUGACUCACUUUCUUCCGCUCUUUUGGUCCAGUUAAUGCAAAUUGUGGCCAGAUCUUUCAUGCUCAAAAAAUCACAAAGGCAGCAUAAAAGUAAUCCAUACAACUAAAGUGGUUAAAUUCAUGUCUUCAAAAGCGAUGCUAUAGGAAUGGGUUCAAACAGAUCAAUGUUUAAGUCCUUUUUUUUACAAAAAAUUCUACUCCCUUCCCAGAAGAUGGUGAUAUUCAUGAAGAAUGCGAAUCACCAGAAGCAAAAGAAAAAUGUGGAAUUUAUAUUAAAAUAGGGUUUAAAUAUUGAUAUUUUUAUCACCCACACCUAUAACAUUGCUUUUGAAGUCUUGGAUUUAACCCCUUUAGUCGUAUGGAUUACUUUUAUGCUACCUUUGUGCUUUUUAAAGCUUCAAAAUUCUGUCCACCAUUCACUUGCAUUGUAUGGACAUACAGAGCAGAGAUAUUUUUCUAAAAACCUUCGUUUGUGUUCAGCAGAAGAAAAUAAAAGUCAUACAUAUAUGGGAUGGUGUGAGGGUGAGUGAAUGAUGAGAGUAUUUCAUUUUGGGGUGAACUAUCCCUUUGAGAUUGAUAUAUUUCUUUGAUGAAGAUGCCCAUAAAUUAAUGGGACAACAUUUUCCCCUCAAAGUGUAAAUACAUAAAUACCACUGAAAAGAAAGAUGGAUGAGAAGUGUUUGAGCACACGGACAAGGUUAUGCCAUCACUGCUCGAGUACAAAUAUACUUCAGCUUAGGGAGGGUAGUAGGUACUGUUGUUCGUACCAAAAACAGGGCUAGUUUUAGACUGUUUUAUGUUUUAUGUAACCUUGUUUUUAUGAUUUCUUUUAAACACUAUUUAUUUGCACAUUUUGCACCUCUGAUGGAUUAAACAUCUUUUUGG